AUGUCACAAAAAAAGCAUUAAAAAAAAAAGUCUUCAACUGCUUAGAAAAAUUCAAAAUGUUCUAAAUAUUCUUAGAACAUCGAUUUAGAUAAUAAUGAUAAAGAAAUUUUAGAAGCUCUUUAAGCAAGAUUACCUUUUUAUAAAAAUAUUUUUAAACAACUAACAAAAAUGGGUUUACCUAUGUUGCAAGUCUAGCCCAAUUAGGAAUUGAUUAAAAGAAUAGAAAAGAGUUAAUUUAAUGUUCAUUAUCUUCAGAGACUGAUUUCAUUGAAAUUGGAGGGUUAGCCUAUUUCAUACCAUCGUUGCAAAUUAGCUCAUUCUUGUAAGUACUUCUUAAACGAAACUCUGUAGAACUAUACGAGAUUUGAAUUAGAAGAGAUGUUAGGAUUGAUUAAGGAAUCUGUAGAACCAGUUUAAUUGAAAAAAAUUUAAGGGAUUAAUUUAGAUGAAGUCACUUUUGGAUAAGACUUCAAUUACUAAAAAUUCUUAAAUCUCUUAGAUAUAUAGAAAGUGUUCAAUAAUAGUGAAAAUAUUAAAUUCACAUCCACUGAUAUAAGAGGCUAUUAUGAAAUGAAAAAUAUAGAGGAUUUAAAGGAUCACGGAAAUAUUGAAAUAUUUGAAAAAGUGAGGAAACUUAGAUUAUAAAUCUUUGAUGUUAUAAGAUCUAUAAAAUGUAUUAUUGAUUCUUUGGAAUCAUAAGAUAUUGAUUCUAUUGAAGAGGCAUUUAUAUCAUAUUUAGAUUUAAAAAAGAAUAUGGAAUUACCCUUUACUGAAGAAAUUAAAUAUGAAGAAUCAGAAACGAAUGUCUAAUUAAAUAAAUGUGAUUAAUUAUCUGAAUCAUCUGCAAAAUCAAGUGUAAAAUCGGUUAAGUUUCAUAAUCAAUUGACAAAUUCUGAAAUAUAAAAGAAAAAUGAUCCAUAAGUAAAUAUAUAAAGUAUUCUUAAAAAUACAUCUAUUCCAGAAUAAUAAUCAAAGAAUUAAUUAACUAUGAUAAAGGAAGAAUAACCUUCAUAAGAAAAAGUGUCAAUAAUUAAAGAAAUCGUCAAUGAAAAUUAAGAACCUCAAAGUAAUUCAAAACCAACUAGUAACUUCAUAAAGUCUUUUGUUAUAAAAUGUAAGAAAUCAAGCAAGAGAAAUAAUUAAGAAACUUCUUAAUACAAAUGGGAUCUAUUACAAUAAAAUAAUUUCGAAAAAAUAUUCUAUAUGAAUGAAUAAAUUGAUUCAGAAAUGUUAAGUUAUAUUCCAUAAUCAUUUCAAUCAGCUUUAUGUGAACAGAAAAUCUAAACAAGCAAAAAAAAAACUCAUCAAUAAACAAAAAGAAAAGUUUAUUUUGAAUUGUGUGAUUCUAACAGGUUCUAUAAUGGAAAGCUACUAGAAAUAAAACCAAUUAACCCAAGAAAUCCAUUUUUAAAGUAUUCCUUCAUAGACUAUGAAUUGGAUUCUGAAGAAGAAGAGGCUGAAGAUGUAUUCUCAGAAAUUAGAUCAUAAGAUGAUACUCCAUCAUCCUCACUCUAAGAAUUUAUAGAAAUUGAUUAUAAAAACUAGUAUUAAUAAUAGGGUGAAUCUUAUACUUUAAUUUGUGAUGAUACAAAUUUUGAAGUAUUUCUACCUUACAGAGCUAUUAUGAUAUCAGAUAAUAAACCUUAAAUAAAUUCAAAAAAAAAAGUUCGUCAAGAUUCAAAGUUUUAGAGUAAAAGCUCUUUAGCAGAGAGUUAAAAUGAAAAACUAAUUAAAGCUUUAUCUAAAUUGUCAUAGUUUGUUAAUUCUGAUUAAGUUAAUCAAAUUUUGGAAUUUUCAGAUCUUUAGUUUUUGAAUAUUGUACCUCAAACAUAAAAUACAGACAAUAAGUGA